CUAUCGUUUGACGAUGCUAGCUGUUCCUCACCUGAUUGAAAGUAAAGGCUCCAUUAUCAACGUUUCGAGCGUUCUCGGCAAAAGGGGAGAUGCAACAUUACUUUCCUAUACCAUGUCUAAAGGCGCUUUAGAUCAGUUUACCAGAAGUGUGGCAUUAGAUCUUGCUCCCAAACAAGUCAGAGUGAAUUCAGUAAAUCCUGGAACUAUAGAAACAAACAUCUUUUCAACAAUUGGAGCAGACGUAAAGGAA